AUGAAUCUUUCUGGCAGCAGUAGCCCGCUACUAGCCGUGAUUCCCGGGAGCCCCUUGGCCUGUCCAGUACGUGAGGAGGACGAGCCUGUGACAUGCUCGGAGGGAGGGGAGCAGGCCACCGGGGUGUUUGGAAUCGAUAUCCAAGGCAGGGACUGUGGUGAUGAAGUGGCUAAAUGGAUUACCACUUUCCUGAAUACAGAACCGUAUCGACUAGUGCACUUUGAGCCUUCCAUGGUGCCAAGAAAGUCAAAGGAUGUAAUAAACCUUUUCCGAGCUACGGAUGAGGUUGCCUACCCUGACUGUAGCCCACUCUUGAUCCUCACAGAAGCUUCAGUGGAAGAUCUAAACACCAGAAUGGAGAAGAAAAUUAAGAUGGAGAAUUUCAGGCCAAAUAUUCUUGUUACAGGUUGCGGUGCUUAUGCAGAGGACUCCUGGGAGGAUAUUCUUAUUGGUGAUGUGGAGAUGAAAGGGACAGUGGCUUGUGCCAGGUGUAUUUUAACAACUGUUAACCCAGACACUGGGGUCCUAGAUCGGAAGGAGCCGCUGGAAACGUUGAAAAGUUAUCGCUUAUGUGAUCCGUCUGAGCGACAUAUAUACAAAUCCAGCCCUCUCUUUGGAAAGUAUUUUGCCGUUGACAAAACUGGAACAAUUCAAGUUGGAGACCCUGUGUACAAGAUAGUCGAGUAAAGGAAGAUAGAUUUUGAUCAGAAGAUGCCUUUUCUCAUAUUGUUUUCCCAUGAGCACAGCCACUGACAUAACUUUUUCUUACUCCUUGCAAUAUUUUUUGUGUUGUGUUCUUUUGAAAGGCACAGGGGGUCUUUGAUGAGCCUGUGAAGUACCUAAGUGAUUCAGGUCAUGUCAUCUGCUAGCAUGCCUAUAGAAACCAAAUCUUUAGUGUUUUUCACAGGCUGUGAAAGAAGAAACUUCAAUCCAAAGGCAGAAUUUACAGCACUACUGAGAGUGCCACACUUCCUAAUUUUUUGUGCCAGGCUCCAUAUUGGAAUCCGAAAUUGUAUGCAAGGGCUUUGCAUCAUGUAUUAGAUAUAUUCAGUGCCUCUAAAGAACCACAAAAAUAGUCACGCUGAGCCUAAGGUAAACUUACUGACUUUGGAGCUGCAUUACUAGUACCCAGGGAGUGCUGAAGGCAAGGCUUUGUCUUAAAUUCCGCCCUUCUUCGGUCUUAAGCAGCUUACUCUAUUUCUGAAUGUAUUUUCCUUCAGUGUUUCUUAACCUGCAGUCAUUCUCUGAAGACUGUGCGCUGUCUUUCAAGAUUGGAGCAGUGUCAGAAGGAGAAGGGUUGGGAGCUGACUAAAUGCUACUCUAUUCUACAGGUGUGAAUACUGACUAACUACGUAGGUUAAUUUAUGUCCUCUGUUUGAAAGAGCGUGAAUCAUCAUUUCUGUCUCCCCUGAAACAUACCCUAACAGCUAGGCUAUAGGCUAUUUCGAAGUGAUGCACUUGCUACCAUAUCAGUAGAAAUUGCUUCAAUUUAACUAAAAGAAUUAGAUGUUAUUUAGACCAGAGACUUUACAUACAUUGGAGAGAAAAAAAGCUAUCGGGAAUGAUCUUAUCCCGAGACUCCCCUUGUCCAAACUGAUGUCCUAGCCACUGUUGUAGAGUGCUGUGUUCGUGCUUAGCUCCUCUUUGGCUCAGUGAAUCUCUUUCUAUAGAAAGUUGGGCUGCUUCAGCAAGAGGGUGUUUUUUACCAGAGACACCUGCCUGUACAGAGAGGUAAAGUUUUAUGCAUCCAGGGAAAUCCAAAAUUUAGACUUCUGGUGCCAAAUAGCAGCUAAGCAGGGGUUUAAGAAGUUGCAAUUUUAGCCUGAACAUUUU